CGGGAGGCCGAGCCCACGCUGGGGCAGCUGCGCGUGCACCUGAGCCGGGCCCUGCUGCCCACCUGGGGGUACAGUUCUGAUACCCGAUUUGCAAUUACAUUGAACAACAAGGAUGCCCUCACUGGAGAUGAAGAGACCUUGGCUUCAUAUGGGAUUGUUUCUGGGGACUUGAUAUGUUUGGUUCUUGAAGAUGCCAUUCCAGCACCUAACUUCCCUUCAUCCACAGAUUCAGAGCAUUCCUCACUCCAGAGUAAUGACCAGCCCCCUCUGGCUGCCAGCUGCAGUCAGGCGAGCAUCCAGAGUGAACAGCUGGGUGAUCCAUCCCAGGGACAGGCAGCCCAGUCUGAUGUCCGGAAUGACGAUGACCGUGUGUCAGGGCCUGGUCCCAGCUUUGAAGCCGAGUCGCUGCGGGACGUUGAGGAUGUGGACGAGGGCGCAGGUUUCUGUCCCACAGAACCCAUGCUGUGCAGCGAGGCCGUGGAAGGGCAAGUGCCUCAUUCCUUGGAGACUCUGUAUCAGUCAGCCGACUGUGCCGAUGCCAACGAGGCCUUGGUGGUGUCGAUCCAUCUUCUCAUGUUGGAGUCAGGCUACCUCCCUCAGGGGACCGAAGCCAAAGCAGUGGCCAUGCCAGAGAAGUGGAAGUCGGGUGGUGUGUUCAGGCUGCAGUACACACAUCCUCUGUGUGAGGGCGGCUCUGCUUCUCUCACCUGUGUGCCUUUGGGAAACCUGAUUGUCGUCAAUGCUACAUUAAAAAUCAACAAUGAGAUCAGGAGUGUGAAAAGAUUGCAGCUGCUGCCAGAGUCUUUCAUUCACCAAGAGGAACCAGGGGAAAAUGCAGCCAAGAUAUAUAAAGAUCUUCAGAAGCUCUCUCGCCUCUUCAAAGACCAGUUGGUGUAUCCUCUUCUGGCUUUUACCCGGCAAGCACUGAACUUACCAGAUGUCUUUGGGCUGGUGGUCCUCCCACUGGAGCUGAAGCUGCGGAUCUUUCGGCUUUUGGACGUGCGUUCUGUCCUGUCCUUGUCUGCAGUUUGUCGUGACCUCUUUAUUGCUUCGAAUGACCCACUGCUGUGGAGGUGUUUGUACCUGCGGGAUUUUCGAGAUGGUACUGUCAGAGUUCGAGACACAGAUUGGAAAGAGCUGUACAGGAAGAGGCACAAACAAAGAAAAGAAGCGCAGCGUGCGCGGCACGUGUUCCUGCCACCGACCCCCCACCCCAUUCCGUUCUACCCCAACCCCUUGCACCCCAGGCCUUUUCCUCCCAGCUCUCUCCUUCCUCCUGGAAUUAUCGGUGGUGAAUAUGAUGAGAGACCAACACUUCCCUAUGUUGGGGACCCAAUCAAUUCACUCAUCCCUGGGCCUGGCCAGACACCCAGCCAGUUCCCUCCACUCAGACCUCGCUUUGAUCCCGUCGGCCCACUUCCAGGACCUAACCCCAUCUUGCCUGGGCGAGGAGGCCCCAAUGACAGAUUUCCCUUCAGACCUGGCAGGGGUCGGCCAACUGACAACCGACUGUCCUUCAUGUGACCGGUUUAUAACUCACUCUGGAGUUUGUUUCAGUUGCUUUUGUGUUUAAAACCACAGAUGUCAUCUUUCUGGGGUGCUGAUCUCUCGUGUUAUUUCGAUUGUGUAGUGAGAGAUGCAGGCCCGGACGCCUUUCAGUAGAUACAGCUCCAGGGUGGUAUGGCCCAAAGGUGAUGAGGGUAUCCUCGGGAAUAGUUGGCUGUGGAUUCCCCUCUAGAAUGAAAGUUGUUUACUGAUAAUGUUUUGCACCAGAUUAAAAAAAAAAAAAACAGUGUAAA